AAACCCGGUGAAGACCACAGAAGAUCUGCAUGGAGGCUAACGGCUUAAACAUGACGUCAUGUCAGACAUCUGCAGGCUGUGGAGCGCCAGGGGGGCGGAGCCAGCCCCGUGAUUGGCCGGCGGGGAACAGCUCUCGACCCUGGGGACUGACCCCACACCCAUGUGUGUGUGUGUGUGUGUGCGUGUUUGUGUUCUUCAAGCAUAUUUCCUGUUGCGUUGCUUCUUCUUCUUCUUCUUCUUCUUAGAACUGGAUGGAUCAUCUCCACUGAACAGAAGUAGCUGCUUCCUCUCUACUUUUCUCAAUGUUUGAUUAUGACUUCUGCUGCUGAGGUCAUCAUGAACUUCUCCACCGCCGCUGUCUCUGCGACGUCGUUUGAGCCGACGACGUUUGAGCCGACGCCGUCUGUGCCGAUGCCGUCUGUGCUGACGUCGACUUUCCCGACGCCGUUUGAGCCAACCUCUCCUCCUCCUGGAGUAGUGACGGAGAUACUGACGAAGGGCAGCCACGUGGAUGACGGCGUGUUCGCGGCUUUGAUUGCAGGUGAGAAACGUUUCCUCCCGCCGAGGUCCCGCCAACGCAGCUUCCCCGUCAUCUUCUCGCUGUCCACCUUCUCCUCCUCAGCCAUCGCCGUCUCCGUGCUGCUGCUGCUCGUCUGCAUCGGCGUGCUGCUGCUGUGGAGCUCGUCCAGACACAAAGGCUCCUACGCCACCAACGAGACGGAGGGCGAGGAGGGCGAGGACGAGGAGGAGGCGCUCCAGAGGACCAGGGUGGAGGACUGAGGAGGAGGAAACCUUUAACAUGAAGACUCCCGCUGAGGUGUGGAGGACUAAAAAGAGCUUUUUCUACACUGAGGACGUUUUUCAGAAAAAAGAGCCGAUCUCAUAAAUCUGCAGGAAGCAACUCUGCUCAUUUUGUGGGACAAAAACUCUCGGACAUUUGAGAUUGUCCAAUAAAAUGUAAGUUUUGACAUCUGACCUUUACCCUCAAAUCUCCUUCAAUGUUGAAUAUUUGUUUCAUGUUUUUCUAAUCAAAUGUUAAAAACUACACAACGUGCAAACGCUGGUAAACGUGCUCGUUCUUCUUCUUCUUCUGUUUGUUGCCGGAUCACAAGCCAACUUGUAAAAGUGUGACAAUGAAUAAAAUCAAUUUAUUGGC